AACGUUUAUGCCUGUGGUCGCUGCCGCCGCUGCUGCUGCUGGAGCUGGAGGAGUGAAGCUGCAGGAGUGAGGCUCGCUUGACAGUGGGGGGUAGAGGUGACUUGUACACAGCAGGGAUUUGAAACAGGAGUUAAGUUUAUUUAACGCGCGUGUCGCGGCGCAGUUUCCGGGUCAGCGCAACGGCAGCCGAUUUGACACCGACCAAUGAUUUGUACGAAUCCCAGCAACAGGGCGCAGAGAGAAAUGUCCGGCACGGUUUCAGCCGCGAGCACAGGGAAGCGCGACUAGUACACCGCAGCGCCGACACAUUUCCUCAGGGGUGGGGGGAGGUGGGGGGAGAGAAUGCGAAUGGUGCGAAGGUACCGAAAUCAAACGAAAUGGAAACCAUGUAGCGUCACUGCGGCAGUCCAUGUAGCUAGAACUAACGUUAGAGUAGAGAGUAGAUAGUAGAUAGCCAGAGGAGCUAACAUACAUGUAAAGUUAUUACCCGGAGACGCUGAAGCGGAGCCUGGAGGCGUGUGUUUGAAUCGGGAGAGUUCGCCAGUGUCACGACAUCAGAGAAGAUAAACAAGAAGAUGCUACGGAGAAGACUCAAUCGUUUGCUUGGCAGAGAUGAGAGAAUAGCAGACCGUAGGACAAUCUACGUUGGUCAUCGAUCAGGAUCCACCAAUGAUGCCAUCAUUCCUCCCAAGUUCUGUGACAACAGGAUUGUGUCCUCCAAGUAUACAGUAUGGAACUUUCUACCAAAGAACCUGUUUGAACAGUUUAGAAGAAUUGCCAAUUUCUACUUCCUCAUCAUCUUCCUGGUGCAGGUGAUAGUAGACACUCCCACCAGCCCAGUCACCAGUGGCCUACCCUUAUUUUUUGUGAUCACCGUAACGGCCAUCAAGCAGGGCUACGAGGACUGGCUACGACACAAGGCUGACAAUGAGGUGAACAAGUAUCCAGUGACAGUAAUCGAGGACGGCAGAAGAAUACGGAAGGAGAGCGAGAAGAUCAAGGUUGGAGAUGUUGUGCAGGUGGAAGAAGAAGAGACCUUUCCCUGUGAUUUGAUACUGUUGCAGACGAGCCGAGACGAUGACACGUGUUUUGUCACCACGGCGAGUCUGGAUGGAGAGUCCAACCAUAAAACACACUACACCGUGCCAGACACCGGGAGGGAUCUGGAAUCUCUCAAUGCCACCAUCGAGUGUGAACAGCCUCAGCCUGACCUUUACAAAUUUGUUGGCCGCAUGCACAUCUACACAAGUAAUCAGGAUCCUGCGAUGAGGUCGUUGGGCCCAGAAAACCUACUGCUGAAAGGGGCAACUUUAAAGAACACUCAGAGGAUCAGUGGUGUGGCUGUUUACACUGGCAUGGAGACAAAGAUGGCUCUUAACUACCAGGGCAAAUCUCAGAAACGGUCUGCUGUGGAGAAGUCUAUAAAUGCCUUCCUACUCGUUUACCUUUGCAUAUUGGUGAGCAAGGCCCUCGUGUGUACUACACUGAAGUACGCGUGGCAAGGCACACCUGGACAAGAUGAGCCUUGGUACAAUGAGAAAACGCAGACAGUGAAGGAAACCAAUUUUUACCUAAAGAUGUUCACUGACUUCCUGUCGUUCAUGGUGCUCUUCAACUUCAUCAUUCCGGUGUCCAUGUAUGUGACGGUUGAAAUGCAGAAGUUUUUGGGAUCCUUUUUCAUCACAUGGGACAAAGACUUCUUUGACCCAGAAAUCAAGGAGGGGGCACUGGUCAACACCUCAGACCUCAAUGAGGAGCUGGGACAGGUAGAGUAUGUCUUUACGGACAAGACGGGCACCCUCACGCAGAAUAACAUGGAGUUCAUCGAGUGCUGCAUCGACGGCUUCCAGUACAAGUACCGGGAUGCGAGCUCGGAGCUGGACGGAUUCUGUGUCACAGAUGGGCCUGUGAGCAAACUGCAGCAGAAAGCUGGCAGGGAGAGGGAAGAGCUGUUCCUGCGUGCCCUAUGUCUGUGCCACACAGUCCAGGUCAAGGAGCCCAUAGAGUGUCAUGACCAAGGAGACGGACUGAUGGACCAGGUCGAUGGCUUAGAGGCAGAUGGACAGGAAACGUCUUCCCUGCAGGAGCAGAGGGGCUUUAUUGCCUCCUCGCCUGAUGAGGUCGCUCUGGUCAAGGGUGCCAUGAGGUAUGGCUUCACAUUUCUGGGUCUUGAAAGUAAAACCAUGAAAAUUCUCAACAGGAACAAUGCUGUCGAAAUGUAUGAACUACUUCACGUGUUGAACUUUGACCCAGUGAGAAGACGAAUGAGUGUAAUAGUCCGAUCCAAAUCAGGUGAUAUACUGCUCUUCUGUAAGGGAGCAGACUCUUCCAUGUUCCCCCGUGUUAGGCAGGAAGAGGUUGAAAGGAUACGCAUGCAUGUGGAGCGUAAUGCAACAGAGGGCUACCGGACACUGUGUGUAGCCUACAAAUAUCUCAGUGCUGAGGAGUAUAAUCAGGCAGACAAAGGACUGAGGGAAGCAAGACUGGCUCUGCAGGACAGAGACGAGAAGCUCAUGGCUGUUUACAACCAAGUGGAGACCGGGAUGAGUCUAAUAGGAGCCACCGCUGUAGAAGAUCGGCUCCAAGAGGAGGCAGCAGAGACCAUGAUGGCUCUUCAGGGCGCAGGCAUUAACGUUUGGGUUCUAACGGGGGACAAGAUGGAGACGGCAAAGUCCACCUGUUAUGCUUGUCGGCUGUUCCAAAGAAACACUGAGCUGUUGGAACUAACAGUGCGCACACUGGAGGACGGAGGAAGGAGGCGUGAGAAACGACUGCAUGACCUCUUGAAUGAAUACUAUAAAAAGGCCGUGCUGGAUGCACCACCAGUUAAGGGAGGAGUCACCAGGAGCUGGUCUUCUACGAACCAAGACUAUGGUUUUAUUAUCGAUGGAGCCACUCUCUCAAUGGUGCUCAACUCCUCUGAAUCCAACUCGAGUCGCUACAAGAACCUGUUCCUGCAGAUUUGCCAAAACUGCACCGCCGUGCUCUGUUGCCGAAUGGCGCCUCUCCAAAAGGCCCAGAUUGUGAAGAUGGUGAAGAACUCCAAAGGCAGCCCAAUCACACUUUCAAUCGGAGAUGGUGCCAAUGAUGUCAGCAUGAUUUUGGAAGCUCAUGUUGGCAUUGGUAUUAAAGGUAAAGAGGGCCGACAGGCAGUGAGGAACAGUGAUUAUGCCAUCACCAAACUCAAGCACCUCAAGAAACUUUUGUUGGUUCAUGGGCAUCUCUACUAUGUCCGCAUUGCACACCUGGUGCAAUAUUUCUUUUACAAGAACCUUUGCUUCAUCUUACCUCAGUUUUUGUACCAGUUCUUCUGCGGCUAUUCCCAGCAACCCCUGUUUGAUGCGGCCUAUCUGACGAUGUACAACAUCUGCUUCACCUCUAUGCCCAUCCUGGCUUACAGCCUCUUUGAGCAGCACAUCAGCAUUGAGGUUCUGCUGGACAAUGCUACCCUCUACAGAGAGAUUGCCAAGAAUGCCAUGUUGCGAUGGGGACCGUUCCUCCAGUGGACAUUACUCAGUCUCUACCAUGGUUUGCUCUUCUUCUUUGGCGUCCGUUUUCUGUUCAGUAACCCAGCACUGCAAGACAAUGGCCAGGUUUUUGGAAACUGGUCCUUUGGAACAAUUAUCUUCACAGUUCUUAUCUUCACUGUUACACUUACGCUUGCUUUGGACACGCGGCACUGGACAUGGAUCAACCACUUUGUCAUCUGGGGAUCCCUGGCCUUCUAUGUGUUUUUCAGCUUCUUCUGGGGAGGAAUAAUAUGGCCGUUCCUGAAGCACCAGCGCUUGUACUUUGUGUUUGCUAACAUGCUGAGCUCAGUGUCCACCUGGCUGGUCAUCAUCUUGCUCAUCCUGCUCAGCCUAAUGCCAGAGAUCCUGCUCACGGUGUUCUGUAAGCCUCGCGGCUCCAACGCUCGACAGAGAAAGCUGGUUCAGUCGAGCGUUGGGGACCUCCAGUCUCCCCGGUCCUCAGCCAGACCCCUGCUCAUGAGAACCUUUUCAGACGAGUCCAAUACAGUCAUUUAAGCAGCUGUCAGAUCAUGGCCUUCUAUGGACAUCCAGAUUGCAGCUGUGACACCACUGUCCUAUAAGCACCUGAUGGUCGGCGACUAAAACGUCAGCAAGGAUAUGAAACAACAGUGACAUUUAGCCUCAGUCGGGAUGGUAGUUGGGUAAGAGCUGAUCUGAAGAGCGGAGGAAAUGACGAGGAGAAAGAAAAAGGAGAGAUGUGCUGACUUGAGGGGGAAGGGAUGAAAAUGGAUGUAGCAGUUUUUUCGACCCGUGUCUUUCUGCUCCAUCCUUCUCUGUUCACUUCCGACGACUCCUAAC